CGUUGUCUCUUGUAUUAAUUUUGUUUGUAUUUUACUUUUCACAAUUCUGCCCGGCUUGUUACUUUUCUGCAAGCCAUUCUCAAUACUUUAAUGCAGCAUACUUUCCGGUCUGUCCAGUAUGAGCGCUUCGGAAGCCCGGAACGACGCACUUGCAGACACCACCGACGUUCCUCCACUGCUGGUGCAAGAAGACUGCAUUUUGGAGAAACCAUUCGUUGAUUUGGAUGGUCCCGCGCCUGCGCAUACCUCGAAGCGCCGCCUGGAACUCAAGUGGAAUGGCUGGGGAUAUCAGGAUAGUAAAUUCCUUGUUAAUAAGAAAGGCCAAGUGGAGUUCUCUGGCGAUCGGUAUGGCAUUGCGGGACAAACUUUGCCUUCAUUCCGACCAUGGAUGAUCAGCACAUUAAAUAUUGAUCUCAAUUUUCGGACGCCUUCCCAGCCGAAGCCCGCGCCGAAAGAUUGUGCUCCUCCUGUGCGGAACGACAAAUUCUUGUCUGCUCUUGUUGAAACCGGGAUUGCUUGGUCUGGAGAUGGAGAAGAUCGGUUAAUUCGUGCACAUGGUCACACCUUAACGGAGAUCUUUCGAUUGCGGGCGGGGAAAUAUGAUCGCAUUCCAGACUUGGUGGUUUGGCCAGCUUCCCAUGCUGACGUCGUCAAAUUGGUAGCGCUAGCCAAUGAGCAUAACGUCGUCAUCAUUCCUUUUGGCGGAGGUACCAGUGUCUCACAGGCGCUCGAAUGCCUGUCCAGUGAAGCCCGGAUGAUAAUUUCUCUGGACACAUCUCAAAUGAAUCACAUUCUCUGGAUUGAUGAUAAAAAUUGGACGGCUUGCGUGGAAGCCGGUAAAGUCGGGCAAGAUUUGGAAGCGGAAUUAGCUCAAAGUGGCUUUUGUACUGGACAUGAACCCGAUUCAAUGGAAUUCAGUACAGUUGGUGGAUGGGUGGCCACGCGGGCGUCCGGAAUGAAGAAAAACGUAUACGGCAAUAUCGAAGAUUUGGUGGUGCAUGUCAAGAUGGUUACUGCACGCGGUGUCAUUCAAAAAAAUUGCCAAGUACCGCGAAUGUCUGCGGGUCCGGACAUUCACCAGUUUAUUCUGGGUUCCGAAGGAACUCUGGGAGUCAUAACGGAAGUGGUUUUGAAGAUACGGCCGCUGCCAGAGGUUAAGCGAUACGGUUCCAUCGUCUUUCCAUGUUUCGAAGAUGGUGUGGCAUGCUUGCGACAAGCAGCUAAAGAACGCUGCUGGCCGGCUUCUAUUCGUUUGAUGGAUAACCAGCAGUUUCGCUUCGGGCAGGCAUUGAAGCCGGAAGCGGCCUCGGUGUUCCAUAGUUUUUGGGAUGGUUGCAAGAAGUUUUACGUUACCCGCGUGAAGGGCUAUGAUCCGGAAAAGAUGUGUGUAUGUACCUUGCUUUUCGAAGGAUCAAGCCAUGAUGUUAUGCACCUGGAAGAGAGGCUAUACAGUAUCGCAGCCGCACAUGGCGGCAUGCCGGCCGGUGAAGAGAAUGGUUUGCGGGGAUAUACGCUGACAUUCGUCAUCGCGUACCUGCGCGACCUUGGAUUUGAGGUAUACGGUGUUGUAUCCGAGAGCUUUGAGACGUCGGUGCCAUGGGAUUCCGUGGUGGAUUUAUGCCGCAAUGUCAAGUUUCGCGUGAAAAAGGAAUGCGAUCAUCAUGGCGUGAAACAACCACCACUUAUCACCUGCCGUGUUACGCAGUCAUACGAUGCCGGUGCCUGCAUUUAUUUCUAUUUUGCCUUCAACUAUCGGGGUCUCAGUGGUGAUCCCGUGCAUGUCUAUGAGGAAAUUGAGACAGCCGCUAGGGAUGAAAUCCUGGCUAAUGGCGGCAGUAUAUCACAUCAUCACGGUGUGGGAAAAUUGCGCGAUCGAUGGUUGAAGCAGACAAUCUCUCCCGGUGGACUGGGAAUACUGCAGGCUGUUAAGGCGUACAUUGAUCCAAAGAAUAUCUUUGCGGCAGGGAAUCUGGCUCUUACCCAAGAGGACCUGGUUUGCAAAAUUUGAGUCUCUGCGGCUUGACGCGGUGGGUGAUUGUCGUGUACACGUGAUAGUUGAGCGUUUGUCUUAUUUACCAUUGUUCUUGACUGAUGGUUUUAAAUUGCCAAACGCACGGCAGCUAAACAUAUAUAUCGAAAAUGGAAUUAAACGUGAAUACUGAUUACUUUGUGGUUAGUCUGUAAUGUAACUGGCGUUUUUUGUAAUGAUACUUAAUAUUGUGUCGUGCUCCAUAAGAGUGCGCAUAAUUCGCCUUUUCUUUUAAUAGUAUUAGCAUUUUCAACACGGUAAACUAUCGGGAUUAGUGCGUACAAUUUUUAAUGCAGUAAAGGUAUUUAAUAAACGUUUUUGGCAAAGAUCGGCAGCAAAAAGGUUACGUAGAAUCUUUUCCCAUAUCGAUUAUUCUGUAUGCUGCCUCAAUUUAAUUGGAAGUUAUAACUUGAGUUUUGUAUGAUGCAAAUCCACUGAGCGGCGCGGACUGUGAUCCAGGCGGCGGAUCUCUUCAUGAGCUCCUGCUAACCCAAGCUAGCUAAUAAAUGUCCAACAUCUCCAUGGAGAUCCCUUGCAAUGACCUCACCGAUUUCCACAUCGGCCAUUUCUUCGAAGGCGGCAAUAGCCAGGCGCAUAUGCGUGUAACUGCGCCCGGUGAAAAUAGAACGGAAUGCUGUAUCCGUUAUCCAGUGCCGCGGACCGGCAUCGUACAUGGCCCGCGCAUCCCAGCGAGCUUGCUCCGGAUUAACAUCCUCCUCGGCUUCGCGAGUCUCCUGACGAGAAAUAAGCUUAAUGCCACGUUUUUGAGAGACAAACAACACUUUAUAUUUUUGUCGUGCUAGAAUUACACAUGCAUGUAUAUCUAAAUAUGACACAGUGAAGUGAUUCGGAAGAAAACAAUAGAAGA